AUGAUUAAAUCAACGGUUACGAAAACUGAACUGGAUCAGUUACAAUUUAAUGCCGAAAGUCUAUACGAGACAACUGAAGACAUAUAUCUAGAAUUUAAGGGAUUAUUAAAGGAUUAUUUAUUGGAAUUUUCGAAAGGUCAAGGUCAAUCACAAUCAAAUAAUACUACGCAGAGUUUUUUAGCAACAAAUGAUGGCGAGACCACCCCGAUUAGAACUAAAUUACCUCCUUUAUCGAUUCCAAAGUUCGCCGGUAAUUAUAACGACUGGACAAGUUUUAAAGAUUUGUUUAAGGCUCUCGUACAUGACAACGUGCAUUUAACAACGAUUGAAAAACAUCAUUAUUUAAAAACGAGUUUAUCGGGAGAGGCUGAACAACUUCUAAAACAUUUUGCACUCACGGAGGUUAAUUACGAUAAAGCUUGGAGCACACUUGAGAGUAGAUAUAAUAACAAACGUAUGAUUGUCACUACAAUAAUUAGCCGCCUUUUAAAUCAAAAGAAGAUGAAUACAGAAUGUUUUAAAAGCUUAAAGGAAAUUUUAGAUACUACGAAGGAAUGCUUGAAUUCUCUUGAUAAUCUCGGCGUGGAUACCUCCACAUGGGAUGCAAUUGUCGUACAUUUAGUUGUAUCCAAAUUGGACUUAGAAACACACAAACAAUGGGAACAGUCACUUGGAUCAUCUCAAGACAUACCCACAUUUACCAUUUUAUCAUUAUUUUUAGAAAAUCGUUUCCGUUCCAUGGAGAUGGUAAAUGUUACCCACAAAAAAGACCAACCGCAGAAAAAGGACUUAGUUAAAAAUUAUACAAACCAGAAACCCACAAAUAUGAAGUCAUUUGUCACAGAAGUAAGCAGCGAAUGCACUUAUUGCUCAAAAAACCAUUUUAUUUGCCAUUGUAAAGAAUUCGCCGCAUUAGAUUUUCCUCAACGUCAGGAUUUUAUUAAGAAGAAUGGCAUUUGUUUUAAUUGCCUUGUAAAGGGUCACUCCGUUAAUGCGUGUAGACAGAGCACCACCUGUAGAAAAUGUAGUCGACGACAUCACACUCUGUUGCACUUCACAAACCCUAACAAGACCACAUCAGUGCCAGAAAACGAUGCAGCAACACCCAGUACACCUGAAACAAGUCAAACCACAUCAACCGUCGUUUAUAAGACUGAGGUUGACAGCGACAGUGAGGAAGUAAUAUUGGCAACCGCACGAAUUGCAGUUAAGUCGAGGAACGGCGACACGAUAGUCUUGAGAGCACUGAUUGAUCCGUGCUCGCAAUCAAACUUUGUUACUGAAGCGGCAGCUCAACUGCUUAAUCUCGAGCGCACUUCGAUCAGCGGAAAAAUUACUGGCAUCUCAUCUAUACCGCUGACAACCAAGUCACAAGUUACGUUGAACUUUCAUGCUAUAAGAAAUCCAUCACACAUGAUCACAGCUAAGGCGUACGUCCUUAGACGAAUAAAUUCAAGAUUACCAUCACAAGAGCUCCCAUCAGAUACCUGGCCUUCUUCUGAGAUUUCAGAUCUUGCGGAUCCACACUUUCACAAGCCAGGAUCUAUCGAUGUGCUUCUAGGUGCAGUUGUAUAUGCGCACAUUAUUCUUGACGGAAUAAUAAAACGCAAUGAAUCUCUGGUCGCUUUGAACUCCAGAUUGGGAUGGCUGGUUAGCGGCGAAGUGGCGCAGUCUGGCCAUCAGUCACACAAAGUAGUUGUUAUGCACACACAAGUCGAAGUUGAUCAGUUACUACGUCAGUUUUGGGAGAUCAAUGAAGAUUCACCAAACGUGAAGCCUCUGUCAAGAGCUGAAAUGCAGUGUGAAGAGCAUUUUAAGAAAACUCACACUCGAAACACUGACGGUCGAUAUGAGGUUCGCCUACCCUUCAAGGACGAAGACGCUCCAAAUUUAGGCAACUCCAGACAACUUGCUUUGAAGCGCUUAUAUCAGAUGGAGAAUAAGUUUAAGCGAAGACCCGAAUUUCACGAAGAAUACUGCAAGUUCAUGAGGCAAUAUGAGUCACUCGGUCACAUGGAGAUAGUACCUGAAACAGAGAAGAAGAAUAGAGCUUAUUACUUACCACAUCAUGCUAUUCUUCGUGCCUCGAGCCUCACUACAAAGUUGCGCGUAGUUUUUGACGGAAGCGCUAAACCUGUAGACGGAAACUCACUUAACGAUGAGCUACUCAUCGGCCCCCCGCUGCAACAAGAUAUACGAGCUUUAGUAACACGGUGGAGACAACAUAAGUACUGCCUAGUAGCUGAUAUACAACAAAUGUACCGACAGAUACUUAUCUCAAAGCAAGACACUGAUUACCAGAGAAUCUUGUGGCGCGAGUCAUCGGAAGACCCGAUCAGAGAGUAUCGGUUACUUACCGUCACAUAUGGCAGUUCAUGUGCUCCAUAUCUUGCUAUCAGGACACUUCAUCAACUUGCAGAGGACGAACGUGGAGAGUUUCCUGAAGCUGAACUUCUAAAAACUGAUCUCUAUAUGGACGAUUUGAUGACGGGCUCAUCUACAGAAGAAGACACUCAACGGCUUCAACGUCGCUUAACUGAACUGUUUAAACGUGGUGGUUUUCUUCUUCAUAAGUGGUCGUCCAAUAGUGAAACGGUUUUAAAUGAGAUUCCCGAUUCGAAAAAAGCGUUAAAAGGUUCAGUGAAUAUUAAAAUGGAUGAUUCGGUGAAAGCUCUGGGCAUAGCCUGGAAACCACAAAGUGAUAUAUUAGAACUGGUAGUUAACUUACCUCGUGACAACGACGUUGUUACAAAACGAAGUGUGCUAUCUGCGAUAGCUAAAACGUUUGACCCUCUGGGUUGGCUAGCACCUUGCGUGGUUGUUUUAAAAAUAUUUAUGCAGAAGUUGUGGCUAGCCGGCCUGGAUUGGGACUCUGAACUUCCUGAAGACCUGAAAACUGAAUGGCAGAAGUACCUAACUAAUUUUGAACACAUGCAGGCCAUUCAGCUUCCACAUUCCACAAUAGUUUUGGCUUGGUUGCGUAAAACUCCAAAUACUUGGAAGCCAUUUGUUGGUAAUCGCACUACCGAAAUCUUGAAUGUUACGAAUAGUAGUCAAUGGCAUCAUAUUAAGUCUGCGGAUAACCCCGCGGACUGCGCCUCACGCGGUAUCAGUCCUGACGAGCUGAUGCAGUCAAAACUAUGGUGGGAAGGUCCAGCCUUUCUUCGCGAGUCUGUUGAGAUUUGUUACCCUAAUUUCAAUAUACCUGAAACCACAGUCGAAGCAAAACCGAGAGCAAAAUGCAGAGUCAAUCCGUCACGCCCGUUUUUGACCAGCGGCGUAGACUUUUGUGGUCCAUUUACUCUGAAACUGUACUCUGGUAGAUGCACCAAAACUUGUAAAGCUUACAUAGGCGCGUCCAAAGAAUUAGACCUCGCGUUCAAAAACAGCAAAUCAACUGUCGUUGACGAAAUUGCCCAACUGUUAGCUAACGACAGCACAACAUGGCAUUUUAUUCCUCCUGGUGCCCCUCACUUCGGAGGACUGUGGGAGGCAGGAGUUAAGUCCGUAAAAGGACAUCUGAAACGCGUCGUAGGCGAAUCCCGCUUAACAUUCGAAGAGUUUUGCACUCUGAUCACACAGGUCGAGGCUUGUGUUAACUCUCGGCCUCUUACGUUGAUUAGUUCUGCCGUUGAUGAACUCCCGUUGACUCCUGGUCAUUUUUUGAUUGGCGAAGCUCCUGUUACUAUCCCUGAAGAAAGUUUCGUGGAUGCUCGACCUGACUAUUUAGACCGAUGGCAAAAGGUGCAACGUAUGGUACAAAGUCUGUGGCGACGUUGGCAAUCUGAGUAUCUUACUAUGUUGCAACAUCGAUACAAAUGGUCCCAGAAUCACCCCGACAUAAAUGUUGGUACGGUUGUCCUAGUGAAAGAUGAUCGUUUACCUCCAGGUAAAUGGCUUUUGGGACGAAUUGUGGCGAAGCACCCGGGAGCAGACGGUGUAACGCGUGUAGUCUCCUUACAAUUUAAGGAUCGUGUGUUUAAGAGACCAGUUACCAAACUGUGCCCUCUGCCUCUAGCUGCUUCAGAGCCUUAG